AUGCCACGAAAAUAUAUAAGAACAACUCAAGCGAAAUAUUCAAAUGAAGACCUGAUGAAAGCUCUAAACGCAAUUGAACAUGAGAAAGUUUUAGCAAUUCUUGCUGCUAAGCGUUUCAGAAUACCUUCAUUAACUAUUUAUAAUCGUUUAGCUGAUCGAUUUACCGAUACUGGACGUGGAGUCCAAACUAUUUUAUCAAAAGAAGAAGAAAGUUUUCUUAUCCACGUAAUUCAUAAUUUUCAAGAAUGGCAACAACCUAUGACUCCAUCAGCUGUUAAAAGUAUUGCAAAAGAUUAUAUUAUAAAACUUGGUCGCAACGACUACAUGGAUUCAUCUUUAAAACAAUGGUUUUAUGGUCUUAUGAUGCGUUGGAAAAAUGAAUUGAAAUUGACGAAAGAUAUUAAACUAGAAAAAAGUGACGUUGAUGCAGCUAUGAUUGAUUCAUCUAGCAAUACAUUUAUUGAUGCGCAAUAUUUUCAUUAUCGUUCUAUUUUAAAACCUUAUUAUACUGUUGAUCCAUAUGGUUUCAAUGGAACUAUAGAAUAUUUUAAAAUUCCUGAUCUUCAGUUUACAUUUAAUCAUUCAACACCCUUACUGUAUGAAUUACAAUUCCAAGGUUCAUGUUCAUCAUUGAUAAAAAAUGCCCAAACAUUAAUUCAAUUUAGAUAUGAUAAUCGAUGGGUUACAAAUUCAUUAGAAUUGUGGAGUCCCAUUGAGGGAUUUUUGACAUUAUGUCACAAAUAUGCUCGCGUUUAUUUGCCAGCUGGCUUCCACACAAUUGAUUUUGAAGUUCGAACAACUGGUAGAAUAAUAAUUUACUUUGGUGAAUUAUACAUUAAACUAACACAAUUUAACCCAAAUUCACAAACUAAUUUACAACUACUAGACUUGAAAUAA